AUGUCGAUGAUGAACAAUUUCCACAGGGAAUCCACGAAGCUUCUCCAUCACCUCCCCCUCCCCAAACCCUCCUCCCUCAUCUACGGUAACAAUCAACCAUGGUGGUGCCAAAUUCUCGACCCCAAUGGCGAAGUCGUUACCAAAUGGAAUCAAAUCUUUUUAGUCACCUCAUUAAUCGCUCUUUUUGUGGAUCCACUGUUCUUCUACCUACCUAACAUUAGGGCCGAAAGCUGCAUGUCCACGGACUUCGCUCUGGCCAUUGUUGUUAUUCUUGUGCGCUCCAUUGUGGAUCUGUUCUCCGCACUUCAGAUUUUGAUGAAGUUCCGUACUGCGUAUGUGGCUCCAAGUUCCCGGGUUUUUGGAAAGGGUGAGCUUGUGAGGGAUCCGAGGAAGAUAGUGAUUCGGUAUUUGAAAACUGAUUUCGUUAUUGAUCUGGCUGCUGCUCUCCCCCUCCCUCAAUUUGUUGUUUAUAUAGCAAUGCCAUUAGUACGAACACACACACGAUCGGCUGCUCAUACCAAUCAUGCCAUUUCUUUGGUCAUCAUCCUACAGUAUGUACCCCGGCUUGUUGUUAUUUUCCCGUUGAACAGUCGAAUUGUAAAAAACACCGGUGUUGUAGCGAAGACUGCUUGGUCAGGAGCAGCAUAUAAUCUCCUUCUGUAUAUGUUAGCAAGUCAUGUUUUAGGAGCUGCAUGGUAUUUGAUGUCCGUGGAGAGGCAUUUUUCAUGCUGGAAGCAGCAAUGUAGGAAGGAGCAACAUGGCCGUACUCCUUGUUAUAUUCGUUAUUUUGAUUGUCUACAUAUCCCCGAUGCAAGGACUGUUGCUUGGUUAAACUCUACAAAAGUCUACAAAAAUUGUAAUGCUCGAAUAAAAUCCACUGAUUUUGAUUUCGGAAUGUUUGCUGAUGCAUUCAAGGAUCAAGUCACUUCAGCAGAUUUUGUAGAUAAAUAUUUCUACUGUCUCUGGUGGGGUUUAAGGAAUCUCAGCUCAUACGGACAAAGUUUGAAUACAACAACUUAUGUAAUUGAAACAAUCUUCAGCAGUCUAAUUUGUCUUAUGGGUUUAGUUUUCUUUUCGCUCCUGAUAGGAAACAUGCAGACCUAUCUGCAAUCUAUGUCAGCACGACUAGAAGAAUGGAGGGUUAGACGACGAGAUACUGAGGAAUGGAUGAGGCACCGCCAACUACCUCCAGAUCUGCAGGAUCGUAUUCGUCGAUUUGUUCAAUAUAAAUGGCUUGCUACAAAAGGAGUAGAGGAAGAAGAUAUUUUGCAAUCUUUGCCAUUAGAUCUGCGACGCCAAAUUCAGAGUCAUCUUUGUCUAGCCCUAGUUCGUCGGGUUCCUUUCUUUUCACAAAUGGAUGACCAACUCCUGGAUGCAAUAUGUGAACGCCUUGUUUCAUCUUUGAACACCAAAGAUACAUACAUUGUCCGUGAAGGUGAUCCAGUAAACGAGAUGCUUUUCAUAAUUAGAGGCCAACUUGAAAGCUCAACAACUAAUGGUGGACGGUCUGGAUUCUUCAAUUCCAUUACUCUUAAACCAGGGGAUUUUUGUGGUGAAGAAUUGCUAACAUGGGCCUUAAUGCCUGCUUCGAACGUCAAUCUUCCAGCUUCUACUCGGACAGUUAAAUCAAUUACUGAAGUUGAGGCCUUUGCACUUCGCUCUGAGGACCUAAAAUUCGUUGCAAAUCAAUUUAAACGUCUACAUAGCAAGAAACUACAACACGCUUUUCGCUAUUAUUCUCACCAGUGGAGGACGUGGGGUGCUUGCUAUAUACAAGCCGCAUGGAGACGUUUGAAAAGGAGAAAGCUUGCAGAUGAAUUAGCAAGACAGGAGAGCUUGUAUUACAUGCAAUGGCCAGAGGACGAGGACGAGUAUGCUGAUAAACAAGAAAAUAAGGGUUCUGAAAAUGCACAGCAACUUGGAGCUACCAUACUGGCGUCAAAAUUUGCUGCAAAUACCAGAAGAGGGGCUGCUCAAAAGGUCACAUUUGUCGAGCCUAGUGAUUCUAGCUUACGAAUGCCCCAGAUUUUUAAACCAGACGAGCCUGAUUUUUCUUGA